CCAGUUGGACCAGUUGACGUUGGUAUGGUACUGCAACUGUAGUCAUACAGACAAACUUCGUAGUUAGGUGACGCAGUUCGUGAGCGCGGUACGAGGAGCACACAGUCAGGAUCAGCGCAGGGUUUUGUCAAUGCAUUCAAUCCCUUCCCUGCCAUCGAUGAGCGAGGGAGAGAGCGAGGGCGAGGGCGAAUAGGGUUGUAUUUCAGCAGACGACAUUGGACCGAAACUGGAAAUUGCAUUCAUCGAUCUGCUGGGCGUGCGUGAGAGUGGUGGAUUUGGUGUACGAGGCCCUUGAGGUCGAGUACUCUUCUUUUUUCUCGCUCGUUGUGAAGCUUGGAGCGCGAUGGAAGACGACAAGGUUGCGAAGCCUGUGGUCGGGGAUGUGCCAAUGGAAGAAGGUGGAAAGGAUGUGAAAGAAGCGAAGAAGAAGGAGAAGAAGGAGAAUCCGAAGAAUGCCAAGAAAGCCGAGAGGCAGUUGGCGAGACAGAUGGAAGCAGCUGCUGUACAGGAAGUCGUGGAUCCGCUAGCUGCGAAUUAUGGUGAAGUCGAGCUUGUCACACUGCAGAGCGCUACGCAAUCGGGUAGAAAAUGGAUCAAAGUCUCACAGCUUGACCAAGAAUUGAAAGGACAGACCGUUUUGGUUCGUGGCCGAGUCCACGCUGUACGAGGAAAAGGCAAGAUGGCUUUUCUCGUUGUUAGAGAGUCCGGUUAUACGGUUCAAUGUUUGGCAUCUAUUGCUGAAAACAUCGUGAGCAAGCAGAUGCUCAAGUUCAUCUCAGGUCUUAACAAGGAAUCAAUCAUUGAUGUUGAGGGAGAGGUUUCUGUUCCCCCUGGAGAAAUUGCAGGCACUUCUCAGCAGGUAGAAAUUCAAAUCCGGAAGCUGUUCUGUGUCAGCAAGGCUUUGCCCAGUUUGCCUCUCACUCUUGAAGAUGCCUCACGGAGUGAACUUGAUUUUGAGAAAGCUGAAAAGGAAGGAAAGCAGUAUGUCAAAGUGGGGCAGGACACUCGGCUCAACAACAGAGUCUUAGACUUGCGAACACCUUGUAACCAAGCAGUAUUUCGUGUGCAGUCUCAUGUAUCUAUGUUGUUUCGAGAGUACCUCGUUUCUGAAGAUUUUGUUGAAGUACAUACUCCUAAGCUGAUGGCUGGAGCGAGUGAGGGAGGAUCAUCAGUGUUCACCCUGGACUACAAGGGGCAACCUGCCUGUCUAGCUCAGUCACCUCAGUUGCACAAACAAAUGGGAAUUUGUGCUGAUUUUGGUCGAGUUUUCGAGAUUGGUCCUGUUUUCCGCGCGGAAAACUCCUUCACACAUCGGCAUCUAUGUGAAUUCACCGGUCUGGAUUUGGAGAUGGAAAUCAAGGAACAUUAUUUUGAGGUUAUUGAUCUUCUCGACAAACUAUUUGUGCACAUUUUUGAUGGCUUGAAUUCCAAGUGUAAGAAGGAACUGGAAGCUAUCAAUCAACAAUAUCCGUUUGAGCCUUUGAAGUAUCACCGAGAAACUCUACGGUUGACAUUCGAUGAGGGAGUGCAAAUGCUCAAAGAAGCCGGAACUAUUGUUGAUCCCAUGGGAGAUCUAAACACCGAGUCUGAGAAGAAAUUGGGCCAGCUUGUGAAGGAUAAGUAUGACACGGACUUCUACAUUCUACAUCGGUAUCCUCUGGCCGUUAGGCCUUUCUACACGAUGCCAUGUGCUGACGAUCCCCGGUAUACCAACUCUUUUGACGUCUUCAUCAGAGGGGAAGAAAUCAUUUCGGGAGCACAGCGUGUACAUGAUGUGGACCUUCUAACCAAACGAGCCAUAGAAUGUGGCAUCGACGUCAAGUCACUGUCAACGUACAUCGAUUCAUUCAGAUACGGUGUUGUUCCACACGGCGGGCUAGGUGUAGGAUUGGAGCGAGUAGUGAUGCUGUUUUGUGCUCUUGGCAACAUUCGCAAGACCUCAAUGUUCCCUCGUGAUCCACAAAGGCUAGCGCCUUGAAGAAUUGACCUCUGAUACCCAAGAGGCUGAAAUACCUGUCUUAUGUCAAGAUGAGCAACAAAAGUAAUUGGCAGAUGUGUUGUUCUUAACACAAAACUGCUCUCCUAGGUUUGAUUUAUACACUUGCUCUCUGUAGGGAUCUAAGUUUUUAGUGCCUCAAUCCUUGUGAAGGUUGUUCUUUAUCGUGGGUUGCAGUUUCUUCGUUUAUUUGUCAUGUGGAUAGGGUCAGGCUUGAAAUUAGGACAGGGAACGAAUCAAUAACCUAAGCUUCAAUCGCCUGGUUAAUUUUGGGUUAGGGUAGGUCACAGGCCUUUGUGCACGAGAUUACAAAUCAUCGCGUCUUCCAGUACAUUGCAGAUGUAGUAUUCGACAUGAUGCUUGAAGAUAUGUGAACAACUGCAGGCUGUGGAGAUAAUUAUUAAUUACAAGCAUGAAGACGUAGUAUCGUAGCCACAGUUGUGCAUGAUUUAAGUACGAGGUUCAGAACCUUUCUUUUAGGCAAUGCCUUCUCCAUAUCGUGAUGAGUACACUACGCUGUAUGAUCACGAUUGGAAAAGGCAUUGCCCAUGCCUUGUUCGACUCAACUUUGUGCCACGGUGUCAUGGCUUCAUGUCUCGCUUUUAUAAAUAUAUUCAUAUCUUCUUCCAGUGAAGAAAGACGG